GGUCCAUCCAUAUUACUAUAGUAGAAUGGGAAGCAUCAAAUCAAAUCCGCACCUCACAUUUCAAUAACCAGUAACCACUAUCACACACACCCAACAUGAAUUGAUUAUUACGUCCAAAAUCCAAUUCCAAACUAAGGAAAAAAAAAGAGGAAUUAAUUCCUCCCCCAACAUGAAUUGAUUAUUACAUCCAAAAUCCAAUUCCAGUAUACGAAUAAUCCAUUUUUUUUUUUCCUUUCUCCCUCCACGUUUUAUUUCCAAUUAAGCAAAAACGGUUAAAGCUUAUGCCAGUUGUGAAGUUACAUUUGCUUUUGAUCCUCAAACGCUAAUUUCACAGUACAAGAAUCUGAUUCUCUCUCUCUCAUUCAUCUCCAUCAUCACAAAUUCACCAUCACUCACUCACACUAUGUCUAACUCUAUUUAAUCACUUCACGAUGCGAAUUCUUAAGAAGCCAUUCUCAUUUUCUCUCUCUUACUUCUCUCCUAAACUCGUAUCACCACUUUUAUCUUCUCGGAUUUGCUUUGCAUUUGGAAUUUCCGAUAAACCUUCACGCCCCUUCGCCAACAUCGCAUCACCAGGAGCUAAGCAAUUGCACUCUCAAUAUUCGAUGGAUGAGAACCAUGAUGUUGGUAUACAUGACCCAAGAUCAGGGGAUUUGCCCGGCAGUGAUAGUGGAAAGCAGCCACGUGUAUGGUCAUCUUCUCCUGAACAUGGAUCAAAAACUGCUAGAGGCAAACAGAUAUUUUGUAACAGGUCACUGAAUAUGAAGAACAUUGUUGCUGUGGGAUUUGACAUGGAUUAUACUUUGGCACAAUACAAGCCUGAAACUUUUGAAUCCCUUGCAUACCAAGGCACAAUUAAAAAGCUGGUUUACGAUUUGGGAUAUCCUAUCGAGUUACUAGAUUGGUCUUUUAACUGGAAGUACAUGGUCAGGGGCUUGGUUCUUGACAAAAAAAGAGGAAAUAUCUUGAAGAUGGAUCGCCACAAGUAUGUGAAAGUAGCCUAUCAUGGAUUUAGAGAGUUGUCAAAAGAAGAUAAAGUUGGGACCUAUGGAAAUACUUUAGUACGUGAUUCAUUUGACGAGCCAGACUAUGCUCUAAUUGAUACACUUUUUUCUCUCGCGGAAGCCUACUUGUUUGCUCAACUGGUUGAUUUUAAGGAUUGUAAUCCUGGAAAGAUUCGAGAAGGCGUCGAUUAUGCUCGGAUGUAUAAAGAUGUUCGAGCUGCAGUUGAUUUGUGCCACCGUGAUGGGACGUUGAAGCAAAUGGUUGCUAAAGAUCCUGGAAGGUAUAUUAAUGAAGACACCAUGAUAGUGCCUAUGCUUGAAAUGCUCAGAGAAUCUGGACGUGCAACAUUCUUAGUGACUAAUAGUUUAUGGGACUAUACAAACACUGUCAUGAAUUUCCUCUGUGGAUCCAGAAUGAUAGGUGGCAGUAAUAAUUUUGACUGGCUUCAGUACUUUGAUGUUGUCAUCACUGGCAGUGCAAAGCCAGGAUUUUUUCAUGAGGAAAAUCGUGCCAACCUAUUUGAGGUUGUGCCUGAGACUGGAAUGCUACUCAAUACAGAUAAUGGGUCUCCUAUGCCUCAGGUGGGGAGCAUCUCAGCAAGGUUAUUCACAGAAUCAAAGAAUCAAGCUUGCCAAGUUUUCCAGGGAGGCAAUGUCGCUCAUCUGCAUAAACUGCUUUCCAUUGAAUCAAGUUCACAGGUUCUGUAUGUUGGGGAUCACAUUUAUGGAGACAUACUGCGUAGCAAAAAAGUUCUUGGGUGGAGAACAAUGCUUGUAAUUCCAGAGCUGGAGAAGGAGGUUAAACUCCUCUGGGAAUCAAGGGACACCCGAAAGGAGCUUCAAUUCUUGAGGAGUGAACGUGAUCGUAUUGAGGAUGAAGUACAUCAUUUGAAGUGGUCUCUCAAAUUCAAGAACCCAGAUGUUGAUACCAAGCAGAAGUUAUCUUCAGCACUUGAUAAAUUGGAGCUUGAAAGAGAGAAAAUGCGGUUAAUCCAUCAAGAAGCUCAAAGAAAAUUACAUCAAAGGUUUCAUGAACCGUGGGGGCAGCUUAUGAAAACUGGUUAUCAGAAUUCUCGCUUUGCUCAUCAGGUGGAGAGAUUUGCCUGCCUUUAUACUAGCCAAGUAUCUAAUCUGGCCUUGCACUCUCCAGACAAGUAUUACAGACCUAGUGAAGAUUUUAUGCAGCAUGAAUUUGGCAUUCUGGGUUCUGAGCCACGGAAAAGGUAAGUAUAGGAAUUUGGGGCUGCAUCCCUUUGGGUUUGGAAUGUUGGAUUGUGAUCUGCAAUGUGUUUCUGGUUCCAAUCCCCCUUUUCUUACCCGUUUUAGUAAUUCAAAACGCCAUAUGAUAUUUUAUAUGUCUGCUACAAGGGGAAAAAAGAUGAUAGAUUUAUCAUCAAAUAAUGUAUAGUUUCGUCCAAAUGUGUGGGUGCUAGUGUGCAGCAGCAAUUACAGAAAUUGAGUCACUUCAUUUAAUAUACUUGCAGAUGAUUAGUUACUUUGCAAAGUGUAAAUAACUUUUCAUUGAUAUUCACUAAUUUUUUCACACAUCGUUAUUUAUUGUAUAUCAUUCAGUAAUUAAAAGGAUAACAAUUAUAUUA